ACAGUAAUCACAUACAUGUCUGCUUUCAGGAGCUGGUUUCUUGUGCUGAUCAUCCUGUUCCAUUUAUCUCAAAGAAGUACAUCCUGUGGUAUUUCAACCCACAUAGAAAUAGCACACAGAGCACUGGAAUUUUUCAGCCAACAAGAUGGCACUAUUAACUAUAAAAAGCUGUUAUUAGAACAUCAGGAUGCUUAUCAGGCUGGGAGUGUGUUUCCUGAUGCUUUUUAUCCCAACAUCUGCAAAGGAGGAAUUUAUCACGAUGUAUCUGAAGAUACUCACUGGACUCCAUUUCUCAAUGCAAGUAUCCAUUACAUACGACAAAAUUAUCCUCUUCCUUGGGAGAAGGAUACCGAGAAAUUGGUGGCUUUCCUGUUUGGCAUUAUGUCACACAUGGUGGCAGAUGUGAGCUGGCAUAGCCUGGGCAUUGAACAAGGAUUCUUGCAGACAAUGGGAGAAAUUGAUUUUCAUGGCUCUUACCAAGAUGCUCAUUCUGUUGGUGAUGUUGGAGGAGAUGUGUUGAGCCAUUUUGAACUUGAUUUUAAUUACCUCGGGCGGAAAUGGUAUGUACCUGUCAAAGACCUAAUGGGAAUCUACAAGCAGCUCUAUGGCAAGGAAGUCAUAACGAAAAAAGCAAUAAUUGACUGUUCGUAUCUUCAGUUCUUAGAAUUGUAUGGUGAGAUAUUGGUUCUUUCUAAGCUUUACCCAAAUUUUGCAAGAAAGUCCCCAUUUUUGGUGGAACAAUUCCAAGAUUAUUUCCUAGGUGGACUAGAUGACAUGGCAUUCUGGUCCACUAAUAUGUUUCAUCUAACAAGCUAUAUGUUACAGAAUGGGACCAGUGACUGUACCCUACCUGAGAAUCCUCUGUUCAUGGCAUGUGGUCCCAAACAUAAUGGCAGCCUUGGAAUAAAACUGCAGAAAAAUAAAUGUCAUGCAAAUGUAAAUGUAUCCUUAGCUGAAAAUACUAAAGGAAAUAUAAAUUACACAGAAAGAGGAGUCUUCUACAGUGUGGAUUCAUGGGCCCAAGAUUCGGUCUCCUUUUUGUAUUUGACUUUCACCAAGAAGUUAAGGAAAAUGUUUGCAAGUGAACAGCCUCACCAGCAUAAUUAUGUGUCCAGUCCCAUAGCAUCUUACUUUCUGUCACUUCCCUAUGUGAAGCUUGGAUGGUCAAUGACUUCAGCAGACCUCAACCAGGAUGGCCAUGAGGAUCUGGUGGUAGGAGCACCAGGUUAUAGCAGAUCAGGCCAUAUUCAGGUGGGACGAGUAUAUCUCAUCUACAGCAAUGCUAUAGGUUUGCCUCCCGUAGACUUGGAUUUGGACAAAGAAGCACAUCUAAUUCUAGAGGGCUUUCAGCCCUCAGGUCGUUUUGGGUCUUCCGUGGCAGUAUUGGAUUUCAACAAGGAUGGGCUGCCUGACCUAGCAGUGGGAGCCCCCUCGGUGGGAGCUGAGAAACUCACUUACAAUGGAGCAGUGUAUGUCUUUUUUGGUACCAGAAAUGGAAAAAUAUCUUCUAAACCAAAUGUCACCAUUUUGUGCAAGGACACAUAUUGUAACCUUGGCUGGACGCUCUUGGCAGCAGAUAUUAAUGGCGAUGGUGCUCCAGACCUGGUGGUUGGAUCACCCUAUGCACCCAGUGGAGGGAAGCAAAGGGGGAUUGUGGCUGCAUUCUAUUCGGAUUCCAAACAAAAUGUCAAAGAUCAACUAAAUGUUGAGGAAGCUAAUUGGAUGAUAAAGGGGAAAGAUGACUAUGGCUGGUUUGGAUAUUCAAUUCAUAGUCUCAGCUUAAAGAAUACAACCUUGUUAUUAGUUGGGAGUCCAACCUGGAAGAAUAUGAGUGGGUUAGACAGUGUGUUCUACAUCCGUGAUGAGAAACAAAGCAUUGGAAAGGUCUACGGCUAUUACCCACCGAGUAGACAAAGUUGGUUUACAAUUUCUGGUGAUGAGGCAAUGGGAAAACUGGGCACCUCACUCUCAAGUGGUGUUGUGAAAGUCAAUGGAACCACAAGACAAGUGCUGCUGGUUGGUGCCCCAACUCGUGACGACAUGUCUAAAAUGGCAUUCUUAUCCAUGACCCUGCACCAGGGAGGCAGCACAUGGAUAUAUGACUUGACAAACGAGACAGGUCCCUCUCUGCUUAGCACCUUCAGUGGCGACAGGCGCUUCUCUCGCUUUGGAGGACUGGUGCACUUAAGUGACCUGGACAGUGAUGGACUAGAUGAGAUCAUCAUAUCAGCCCCUCUGAGAACAGGGGACUUAACAGCUGGGCUUCUUGGUGGGGAGGAUGGCCGAGUUUAUAUCUACAAUGGCAAGGAAGCUCCACUUGGAGAUGUCACAAGUAAAUGCAAAUCCUGGAUCUCUCCUUGUCCUGAAGAAAAGGCCCAGCAUGUACUGAUUUCUCUAGAAGAAAAUUCAAGAUUCGGGAGUUCUGUGGUCACAGUGAAGUCAAAGACAAAGAAUCAAGUUGUUGUUGCUGCUGGGAGGAGCUCCAUGGGAGCCAGACUAGCUGGAACGCUUCACAUCUACAAUCUGGGAGUUGACUAGAGACCUCACUGUUUCCUUGCCCACCUCUUCCUUUCUCAUGGAGAGGCCUCUGAAAUAUGGAGAAAGUGACACUUCAAGUGGAGCCCUUUGAGUGUCAUUUAGGUGGGGCUCCUGGGAAGAUAGAAGACAGGAAGUAUCAGGAAAAUGGGAACUGUGAAAUCUUCAAUUACAUGAUUUGACCAUA